UCCCUCGAGAGCCCCAUCGUGCCUCUGGUCCCUGCCAAUCACGCUGGACCACCCUCUCGGCCUGCCCCAGAGCGCACACCCGGCGGGUCCGCGGCUUCGCCCAGGAGGCGGAGAAGCUGGGGCUGCCAAAAGAUGGAGUGUGGUGCGGCCGGCGGCUUCUCCGAGGAGCAGUUCCGGGAGGCCUGCGCGGAGAUCCAGCAGCGCGCGCCGGCAGGGGCCAACUGGGAGCUGCUGGUGGAGACCCUGGGCUUCAGCAUCUACGGGCUGCUGGACCAGCAGACGGGACUUUAUGAGUAUAAAGUCUUUGGUGUUCUGGACGACUGCCCUCCAGCUUUACUCGCAGAUGUCUACAUGGACUUAGACUACAGAAAACAGUGGGACCAAUAUGUUAAAGAACUCUAUGAAAAGGAAUGCAAUGGAGAAACCGUGGUCUACUGGGAAGUGAAGUACCCUUUUCCCAUGUCCAACCGAGACUACAUCUACAUCCGGCAGCGGCAAGAGCUGGACAUGGAAGGGCGGAAGAUCCAUGUGGUCCUGGCCCAGAGCACUUCUGUGCCGCAGUUUGCCGAGAGGCCUGGUGUGAUCCGGGUAAAUCAGUACAAGCAGAGCCUCGCAAUCGAGAGUGAUGGCAAGAAGGGAAGCAAAGUUUUCAUGUAUUACUUCGAUAACCCGGGUGGCCAGAUUCCGUCCUGGCUCAUUAACUGGGUCGCCAAGAAUGGCGUUCCUAACUUCUUGAAGGACAUGGCAAAAGCCUGUCAGAAUUACCUCAAGAAAACCUAAGAAAGGGAACGAAUGGUGUGUCCAUGGAACGAUGUCUCUGCAAGUGCCACAGCCCACUGAUGCUCAGCUUUUCUUUCACUAUUCUAUCUUCGGAGGCCUGCACACUGUCCCACACAUCGUCCCCAAGUGUGUUUGCCUGAUGCCUGGCUUCCUUUCCCACUCUCCCUACCCCGGGACUGGCUGCCUUCUUCCACUAUUGAAUGUGGGUCAGAUUAGGGAAACUUUUGCUUGUUUAUUUUUAAAAAGGGAAGUCCUCAAUAGGGAACACAAUCAUUCCAUUGUGCCAUCUUAGGGGGAUGGGUGGGUGGAGGAACAACAAAUGCAAGGGCAACCAAUCCUGGCAAGCUGGCUCCUUCCCAGAAUGUGACUUCUUGCAACCCAGGAGAGGCUGCUGGGAUGCCAUCCCCUUCAGACUGGACUCUUGGUGCAUCAGACUGGGAGACACGUGCUGAUGUCCAUUUGCCUGAUGCUUUGGUGUGUUGAUUUGGCUGGGGUCUGAGGUGAUGAUCCAGUAAGUCUUUCCACCAUUUGUACUUGUAGAAGAUCCUGAGCUGUUUUGAUUUCAAACCAUGUUGAAACACAUGGCAGGCCUGAUUACACACUUAAUGUGAUAGCCAUGUUUUCUCAUCAUCUAUGUCUGGGAUUCUCCUUCCCACAUGCCACUGGAGAGAGGCUGACCAUACCUCACUAGCUUUGCAUUUUAUCAGAAACUGAGGCAUCAUGAUGGCUCUCUGGCGGUUUGCAAAAGUCAAAAUACUGUGCGCACAGCUGUGAUAAAGUGUCUUUAUAUGCAAUAAAAUGAAUUUCCCUUCUAGAAUGUUUGGAGAUUCUGAAGGGAUAAGAGUUCACAACCAGGGAAAUAUUAAUUAGUGGAUUGGAUGACUCUACAACUUUUUUCUCAGGAAUUCUACCUAAGAUGUCUGCCUCUUCUACCGCUAAAAGACGUCCAGUUUCCUGUUUUCUCCUGAAUUUUGGUAGAGCAAGAUAUUCUGUGGCUCAAGGCAUAGCCUUAAUGAUCUCAGGGAAAAAUUUUAACCACUGUGUGUGAUGGCACUGAACCCUGAUUAGGGGUCAUAGACAUUUAGGAUGUAAAGCCAGAAGCAAAGGAUUUAUUAAAAUGGGAUACCUCAGACUAUAUGUUUUCUCUCUGGGAAGAAAACAGAUUGAAUACCAAUAAAUACAACGUGACAUAAA